AUUUAAUCGCCCUCUCUACCCCUAAAUCCAAUCCCCCGAUAUUUCAAAUUUCACAACCAGUCCUCUCUCUCUCUCUCUCUCUUGUUCUGUCUAUUCUAUUCAAAAACAGAGGGGAAAAUAUAUUUCUUCAUCUGCUUCAGGGCUAUCUGAUUUCAUUUCGCGUAUUGAAACGGAUCGGUUGAAGCAAAGAUGGAUAAUGCAGAGUGUGUGAGAGUUGCUGUUAAUAUUCGGCCUUUGAUUACCUCUGAGCUUCUCAUUGGUUGCACGGAUUGCAUCACCGUUGUUCCAGGAGAGCCGCAGGUUCAAAUUGGAUCCCAUGCUUUUACUUACGACUAUGUGUAUGGAAACACGGGAUCGUCGUCUUCUUCAAAUUCAAUAUACGAUGAUUGUGUGGCUCCACUAGUGGAUGCACUUUUUCGUGGUUACAAUGCCACAGUUCUUGCCUACGGCCAGACGGGUUCCGGAAAAACUUAUACCAUGGGGACAAAUUAUAAUGGGGAAGAAAAUAAUGGUGGAAUUAUACCUAAAGUGAUGGAAAGUAUAUUCAGGAGAGUUGAGACGACUAAGGGUUCCACAGAGUUUUUGAUUAGAGUAUCAUUUAUUGAGAUAUUCAAGGAAGAAGUGUUUGAUUUGCUUGACCCGAAUUCAGCAGUUCUCUCGAGAGGAGAAGUUUCAAAUGUCACGAAGACUGUAGUACCUACACGAGUUCCCAUUCAAAUUAGAGAAACAGUAAAUGGGGGAAUAACUCUUGCUGGUGUAACUGAAGCAGAAGUUAGAAGUAAAGAAGAGAUGGCAUCCUAUCUAUCUCGUGGAUCUUUGUGUCGAGCCACGGGAAGUACAAAUAUGAACAGUCAAUCCAGUCGUUCGCAUGCUAUCUUUACGAUUACAAUGGAGCAAAAGAAAAUCGCUCAUUCAAACGAAGCAAAUAAUGAUGAAUUUGGAGAUGACAUCUUAUGCGCAAAACUGCAUUUAGUAGACCUUGCCGGUUCUGAACGCGCAAAGCGAACAGGUGCAGAUGGAAUGCGUUUCAAAGAAGGCAUUCACAUCAACAAGGGCUUAUUAGCUCUUGGCAAUGUGAUCAGUGCUUUGGGAGAUGAGAAGAAAAGGAAAGAAGGAGGCCAUGUUCCCUAUCGUGAUAGCAAGCUGACCCGUUUAUUACAAGAUUCUUUGGGAGGAAACAGCAAAACGUUGAUGAUCGCAUGUGUUAGUCCUGCUGACACAAAUGCUGAAGAAACUUUGAACACGUUAAAAUAUGCAAAUCGUGCCCGCAACAUUCAAAAUAAAGCAAUAGUGAACCGAGAUCCAUUGGCAGCUCAAAUUCAAAGAAUGAGGAGCCAAAUUGAACAGUUGCAGGCUGAAUUGGUAUUCUAUCGUGGUGAUGCAAGUGCUCCAUUUGAUGAACUUCAGAUUCUUAAACAUAAAGUAUCCUUGCUUGAAGCAAGCAAUGCGGAAUUGCAACGAGAGCUUCAAAAUCGUAGAAUCACUUGUGACCACUUGACACAACAUGCUGUUAAUGCUCAGGCAGAAAAAGACAAAUUGCUAAUGCAAAUUGAGUCAGCUCGUAAUGGCAAACCUUGGGAUGAAAUCGAAUCUAAUUCAGAUCAGGAUUUUGAUUUGAUUAAAACUUAUGUUUCGAAAAUUCAAGAAUUAGAAGGGGAGUUAUUGCGAUUGAAAAACUUGUCAAAUUCUAAGCAUAGUCAAUUUGUUGAUUGUGUUGACUCGGAUGAUGAUGGUUUCCAAUGUAAAAAUGCAUCCAUUCCAUCCCUAAGUGGGCUUUCUUCCAACUCUGAUUCAAAAACUAUGGACAUUUCAGAAGAGGUUGAAGAUGAGGAAAAGGAGCUUGAACAUUCUUCUCUUCAAGAAAAACUGGACAGGGAGCUACAAGAACUGGAUAAAAGACUGGAACAAAAGGAGGCUGAAAUGAAGCGUUUUACAAAUGUUGAUACUUCUGUUCUUAAACAACAUUAUGAGAGGAAAGUUCAAGAAUUGGAACAAGAAAAGAGGUCUUUACAGAAAGAGAUCGAGGAUUUGAGAUCCAAUCUUGCAAAUAUCUCAUCUGCAUCUGGUGAUGGUGCUCAAAAGUUGAAAGAAGACUAUCUGCAAAAGUUGACUCUCCUCGAGGCACAGGUUUCUGAGUUAAAAAAGAAACAAGAUGCUCAAGCUCAACUAUUGAGACAAAAACAAAAAAGUGAUGAAGCAGCAAAGCGACUUCAUGAAGAGAUUCAGAGAAUCAAGACUCAUAAGGUUCAACUGCAACAGAAGAUCAAGCAAGAGUCUGAGCAGUUUAGGUUAUGGAAGGCAUCACGUGAAAAAGAAGUCCUUCAGCUAAAGAAAGAGGGAAGGAGGAAUGAGUAUGAGAUGCACAAGCUGUUAGCUUUGAACCAGAGACAGAAAAUGGUACUGCAAAGAAAGACAGAAGAAGCUGCUAUGGCCACUAAGAGGCUAAAGGAACUUCUAGAAUCUAGAAAGGCUUCCUCACGUGAAACUUCUAGUGCUGGAAAUGGCAAUGGUCUUGGAAUUCAGGCUAUGAUGCAAUCCAUUGAGCACGAGCUUGAAGUCACAGUUAGAGUACAUGAAGUACGUUCUGAGUAUGAGCGUCAAAUGGAAGAGAGGGCUAGAAUGGCCAAGGAGGUAGCAAAAUUGAAAGAGGAAGAACAAUUACUCAAACAAACUAAUUCAUGUGAUAGUCCAUCGGCAAUGUCUCCUGGUGCAAGAAAUUCCAGAAUUUUUGCACUUGAGAACAUGCUUGCUACUUCUUCAAGCACCCUGGUCUCUAUGGCAUCACAAUUGUCAGAAGCUGAAGAGCGUGAACGGGGCUUUACCGGCAGGGGUCGCUGGAACCAAGUUCGAUCUCUAGCUGACGCUAAAAGUGCAAUGAAUUAUCUGUUCAAUUUAGCAUCAUCCUCCAGGUGCCAAUUGCGGGACAAAGAGGUUGAAUGCAGAGAGAAGGAUACCAUAAUAAGAGAUCUAAAGGAAAAAAUAGUGAAACUUGGUGGUUUCGCUAGGCAUCUGGAAAUGCAGAAGGCAGAACUAAUCCAUCAGGUUAAGUCACAGAAUUUAGCAUUGAAGAAAUACUCCAUGAGAGGCCAAGUGGAUUCAGAGGGAAUAGACCUCAGCACUGGAGGACACAAGUAUGAAUUACGCAAGCAGGCACAUCGAAGCUCUGUUAUUUUAUUGGAGGAUAUGGAUACAUCUCAGUCAGAGGAUUCAGAUGUCGAUGAUGAAUGGGUACAGUCAGAUGUGGACAUGGCUGAUGAUGAAUCUGCGAGGCCAAACAAACGGCGGUUUAAGAAUAGAGUUUCCAGAAGCGGAGAUAAUCAAAAUGCGGGAGAUGUCAAGGAUCCAGAAGAUGAGGGAUCCGCUGCUGCAAUGGAAAAAACUGCAUCUGGAGUAGUAUGUUGCACCUGUAGUAAAUUUUCGUCAUGCAAGACAAUGAAAUGCCAAUGCCGAGUUGCUAAGGGCAUUUGCGGGGCCUCUUGCGGUUGUGUUGCAAGUAAAUGCUCUAAUAGAGACGGUAAUAUGUUGAAGCAUGAUGAUUUGGCACGAGAGAUGUCUGAAUGUGCUGAAACUGGUUCGGGCUCCGAGGAUAUAGAGAAGAAUCGUGAUCUUGCUUGUCAUGGUGCAAUGCUUCUUCAGAAUGCAUUGGUUGAGAAGCCUACUGAGAAAAAUGAUGAUGGUGUGGUUAGAAGGAAACCUUUGUCAGACAUAGGGAAUACAGUGGCCAAAUCUAAUGCCCCGAAGCCCCCCCAGAGAAAGAAAUGGCGAAAGUCAGUAAUUCAGCUUGUUCCUACUGCUCCUCCCUCCACACAACCAGGAAAAGCAGAAGCCCCUCAAAAGGUAGACAAUAGUGCAGGAGAGACGGAUAUGCCUCUGAAGUUACCCAGAGCUACGCUAUCUGCUGCAUCUAAUAAUGCAAAGCCAGAUAAUAAUAGUGCAAGGGAAGCAGAUGUGCCUUUGAAGUUACCAAGGGCUAUGCUAUCUGCUGCAUCACAGAGCAACGCCCUUUUGAAAGAAAGGAAUGCUGAUCAAUCAAAUGAACCAGUAAAUAAAGAAGCCAGCGUUCAUCCUGCAAGAAGUCCUGCCCGACCGCCAAGAACAUCUGAGGAGAAAGAGAACUAUGGCCGCUGACCUUUAGAUAUAUUUCCUGACCAUCAACAGUUCUUAACGUUCACAAUCAAGCAUUCUUGUUUCAGUGGAUUCCUUAGAAGAAAGGUUUGUUGGGGCACUAAAAUAUAUGAUUUAACUCUUGAGAAUGUACUUUGAUCCUGUGGGAUGGAUUUCUUCCUAGAAAUCCAAGACAGGUUUAGAUUAGGAAUUUUCUUUUUCCCUUCACUUUUUGCUUCUCUGCCAUCACGCUGUUCAGACUCCUCAUUGUUGUUUUUGUGCUCUACUGUCAAUGAUAUAUCGAUUGUCAUUUGUC